AUGGCGCUCGCAGACGUCGAAGUAUUCGAAGACGCAGUCCCCCUGGUUCGUAGCUGUCCAGCCCUCAACGAGAUUCGCACUUCGGGAGAAUUGAAAGAGCUCGUCAUAGAGGUAGCUGUCUUUUUUGUUACCGUUCUUUACACGGCAAUUUGUUCAUGCUUGUUAGGUGAAGCACGGCGCUAUUCUCAAUGCCCAUCGAAUAAUACUAGCAGCUCGCAUUCCGUCAUUGCGAGCUGCUCUCAGCGGCGCCCCAGGGAAGGAUAAUUCGGUGCUCAAAUGGCCGACGGUGCCUCUGAAGUAAAGUCAUCCUCCUUUCUCUGAUUUUGCUUUUGCACUUUCUAGCCUCGCAAAUUCACUCCUCCAGUAUGUGUACACCGGGCAGUUGGAGGUAACCCAAACGAAUGCGAUGGCCAUAGUGAUGUUUGCCAAAAUGAUGAGACUGUCUGAUCUGGAGAAUUGGGGAGUGCGAUUCAUGGCCAAUAGGUAAGCAAGUGCCGGUUCUUUCUGUCUAACUGUCGGCUGUAAAGAGUGAAUUUAGAAAAUCUGGCAAGCACGUGGGACUUUGCCAGAUCUUCGAAUAUGGGCUUACUGAUGGAGGCUUGCAUCAAUCUGAUGCAAGCGCAGUUUACGAAUUUCGUCUCUACGCACCUCUUUAUUCGUCUGCCAGCUGACACCGUGCUGACUUUGUUGCGAAACGACAAUCUGUCAGUGGACUCCGAGGAGGCAGUUUUUGAGGCGAUUUCAAGCUGGGUGGCUGCCGGCGAUAAAGAGUGCGACAAUGAGAGACUGAGACUGCACGCCUCGGAGAUGCUAAAGGAGGUUCGUUGGUGUCAGACGACUCUCCAAUUUCGCAAUCGCCUUGUCGAUAGUCAUCCGAUUUUCCAGGAUAACAACAGCUGUGGGUAAGUAUAUGCUGUACUAGUUCGUCAUUUAUUUUCUAAUGAAAGUCGCUUUAUGGCUCUGGUGGAGCAGUGGAUUAGCAACGCAGACAAGGACAAGCCUCCGUGUCCCUUCAACCGACGUCGGAGAACGCAUAGGACGAUCUUCUUCUUCGUAUUUGGAAAGGACAAAAAUCAGGACAGGUGGUCUGUUCUGCGUUUUGAUCCGCACCUCGAAAAGGAAGAGAGGAUUGCCGACAUGGAGAAGCGAGAAUACGCCACCUACAGUCUCGUGGGCGGUGAGUUGCCUGACAGUUACGCACCUCCUCUUCUGCGCACCUGCCUUGUUUUCCUGUUUGUCUAAUUUCGCCAGUUGGUGUCUCUUUUUGCCAGAAUUAUAACAAACACACAGUUCUGCCAGUACAGCUGCCAUCGCCGCAGAAUGCAUAGGAUUGCAGCAGUAAUAGCAGUAAUUCAGGGGUUUUGAGGUCUUGGAGUUGUCCAUUCGCCUGGCCUGUACCGACGCGUUUUUUUGUUUUUUUAUUUUAUCUUUCCUAUCUUCUUUCAUCUUUCCACUUUAUCUUUACUCCGCGUAAUUUUAUGAAACUUUUUUCUACUCCACCCCACCCCCACGGAAGAGAGCAUUUUCGUGGUUGGAGGAGACACUGCGCAGGAAGGGAGGUACUCCACGAGUGUCGGGGAGUUUCUGGUGGCAGAACGGCGCUGGCGCAAACGGGCGUCCCUCGACGUUGGACGUCGCGUGCACGCAGCUGCAGUUCUGACGGAAGCCGGAGGGGAGGCGCUGAUCGGCGUUUUCGGUGGAUGGGGUAACGGUAGUCGCCUUUCCUCUUGUGAAGUCUAUGAAGUCGGUCGGGACAGGUGAGAGCACACUCGUCCUGGCGCCUCCUUUUUUUCUUGCAAAAUCUUCCUGUUUUGCCUUCUCACUCGUCGCCUCCUCACUCGUCUCCUCCCCAACACACACAGGUGGUUUAAACUGCCUGAUCUGCGAGAGAAGAGGAGCGCACCAGCUGCUGCCUGCCUGCCCGGCGACAGUCGAAUCUUCGUUUUUGGCGGUCAUAAUGGCUCCUCCUAUCUGGCUUCUGUGGAGUUCUGCCACCUGCGAGCAGACUGGCGAGAGAGGGCGACCUCGUCGGACUUUUGGCAGCCAGCCGCACCCAUGAGAACUGCACGAUGGGGGCUGGCAGCGACACACCUUCGGGGGAAAAUCAUUGUCGCCGGGGGAUAUGGUGGUGGAAACGUGGUGGAGAUGUUCACACCGCCAGAUGCCAGGUGUCCCCGGGGCCAGUGGACAGACUUGGCCGGCAUGAAGGAACCCCGCGCGUUUUUCUCUCUUCUUACCUCCACCGACGACGCCAUCUUUGCUGUCGGUAAUGAUGCCUCCUUCCUCCUCCUUUGCUCUACACUGACUGCAUUCCUUCUUCACUCUCUCCUCUUUUUCAUGCCAUUCCAUGUCCUUUUCUGUGUAAUCCCUUUUUAUGAGGAAGAUUAAGACAUCCCUAGUGAUGGCAACCAUGUGUAAAUGUGACUUUGCAUGGCGUUUCGUAAACACAACGAGGUUAGCGCCGAUGGUAGUCCGUCUGUAUUGCAAAUCGUCUGCUUUUUAAAAUAGAUUUUUACGAGAAUCAUGCAGCCGAAUGGUUAAAGCCUCUUCAGUAGAUACUGCGUUCAAAGCUUACUUUGUCUACUCUGCGUUUUAUUGAAAUAAAUUUUUGUCUAGCGGUAUUGUGCAAAUCGUAUGCUAAUUUUGUCUGUUUUGAUAUUUAUGAAGAUUGAAUUUCACUGGAAUUAUUCACAAUUUGCAGGCUGCUGGUUGGGAUCAGGAAACACGGUGGAAACUUUCACAGCACCAGGCGGGCCAGCUGAUGUCAGCAACGACUUGACAUCUUGGAGUUGGUCGUCGAAGAAACCGCUGGAGACGCUUGAAAAGAUCGCUGGAGCUGCAAGCAUUCGCAUGUGAACUUUUGUGUUUCUUGAUGUUCCUUCUAUGGCCCGCAUGUUAAGAAAUAAACGACUUGCAAUGUAAGCUGUUUUGUCGUUUUUUUGAAAACUUCGAAUGGUUGAGGGGUGCCCAACACCUAAGGCGACCGAUUAAUGGCGUGUUUAUCUCUGCAAGGAAUGAACUGCAUGAAACAGUUAAUUUUUUUACGAGGGAGAUGCUCAUUUUCGGGCGUAAUGCAUGGUUUUGGGAGAAAUCAUUGUCGCCAGCGGAUAUGAUAUUAGAGAAGAAUUAGCCGUAGUGGUGAUGUUCUAUCCACCAGGUGUCCUCAGGGCAAAAAACAUGACAUCCCUAUUUUAUUUUUAAAAACUGCGAAAGUGUCUUAAUUGUAUAACGCAUGGGGUGAAAAAUAAUCUCUAGCAUAUCUCUGCGAGGAAUGAGAGAUGUGGUCGACGUAAGUUUGGCAAAGAGAUGCCAACUUGCUGACGAAGUGAGCAACACUAGUAAGAUCGCAGAUCGGGGAGCUUGUGUGUUAAUAUGAAUGGCACACGUACUACUUACUGAGGCGACAGGCUACAGGAACAGUUAGAGACUGGACGGCGGACCUGGCACUAUGAAUUAGGACAGAUGUCACCAAGUCCUUAUAGUGUCCCACUUCUAAAAGCCAAUGUAGCCCACCCCCACGAAAUGCGAUAGACUGGUGUGUGAGUUGCUAUCGGACGUCUCUAUCAAGGGGAUUCGGCAUAAGUGAUUGUGACCUGAUAUGUCAUUGAAAGUUACAUUCCUUAAUAUUCGGUCGACGGAAGAUGUCGGCGGCAUGUACGCUGUCUCCGUAGCAGAAAAGUGAUACCUUUCUUCCUCUGAAAAAGAUAUAGCGGUUGGGCUGUCUCGGGAUUUAUGUUUAGCAAAGAUUUCACCGAGCACGACGAGCUCACAUGAAUGAUGUCAAGGGUAUUUAAGGAAACGCAUGUUCAAACAUAACCCUGGCUUGUGAUUUGGUUGCAACCAGAGAUACGAUUAACUGAAUCGGCACUAUCUACGUGGGAAGGCCCUGAUUCUUCUUGCGUACCAGGUGGACGGUCAGUCAUCAGGGGCGCAUCUCGAGUUGCUGGCCCCUGGACAGUGAGGCGGCCUGCGAGCCUGCCGAUAGAAAAUCGAUCGUGCUCGAUGGAUGACGCAGCUGGCAGAUUUCGCCAGAUGGGCGAACGCUGAAUGCGAGUAGAAGCGCCCCUAGAUGACCUUGGCAGCAGGUAGUCAGUGGCGUGCGCAGUCGUUGCGUGUGUGCGUCACCGAACAAUGCAUCGAUCGCAGUCCGUGCACGUAGAUUUCGCCAGAUGGCCGAGCGCUGAAUGCGAGUAGAAUCGCCCCUAGAUGACCUUGGCAGCAGUUAGUCAGUGGCGUGAUGCGCAGUUGUUGCGUGUGUACGUCACUGGACAAUGGCAGUGUCCCUAAAACCGCUCACGCAGCAGAUGCGCUAGAAAAACACGCUGGCUAGACCGGGGUUUGUCUGGCGUUAAUUGGAAACGUGCACUCAGGAAAUGUCAACAUUUUGUCCGACUUUCAGACAUACGUGGAGGUUUUCCUUGCUAGGUAUCCACAUUUCCAUCAAAAAUGUCAGUUACGGAUGUCAGAAAUGCCAGACUCGGUUAUAAAAACAAAAGGCUGUGUUAUUACUUAAAACAUAGGAAGAUCGCCAUCAGUCACACUUUGGACAUAUCUACUCGACAGAUCAUCAGACGAAGUGCGAAUAUUUGCAGGAGUGCAGACGUUAUUAUUAAGAAUAUGCGUGCGAUAUUAGAGGAAUUUCAGCCCAUGCAUAUUUCACCCUCUGUUUCUUCACAACUUCAAUUUGUUGCUGUCUUUGUUCGAAAAUGAACUUGAAACUUCAAGUGAACAUUACUUUCGUUUUAGUGAUCGAGUGAUUUUCCUCACAGCAAAAUAACACUGUUAAGGAAGCUCCAGUUCUGAAAAUGAUGUGGGUUCGGUCUCCGAAGUUGCUCCUUAGAGAAACCGCAUAAUUAAUCAGUCAUUGUGAAUAUCUGUAUUUUGCUGUCAGCAGACUUUUUACAUUCAAAGUGAAACAAAUGCCGUGGGAUUGCGAUUAACAUCGAAACAGCCAGUCCCAAGUUAAAUUAGUGCGGAUUCGACAAUCUACAGGACUGUUUCACCGAACGUAGGUGCAAGAUGUCCAGUCAAUUGCAAAUUCACUGAAAGAUCACAUGCAAUGCGAAUCCCUAAGCUACGUAAAGGUUUCAUUUUUUCAACUGUCCGUGUUGAUGUAUUCGCAUAAAUUAGAUAUGCGUAAUCCAGGACAGUAAACCAAGUGGGAUUUUAGAAUUAAUUCGACGCGCUCCGUAAGGAGUGGAUUUACCUACGUUAAAAUUCGUCGUAGCGGAAUGUGCAUUAAAUAAACAAACAGUUUUUAUUAACAUCCUACACUGUUUUAAUAUAGACACAGUCUGAGCGUCUGUCUGGCAUUAAUUGGAAAGGGGCAAUCAGCAAAUUUCAACACUAUGUCGACUUCAGCCUGCCAGGAAAACCUCAUUUCUAACAAAAAUUCCCGUUUCCAAAGUCAUAGAAUCGCCAAAGUCAGUUUUUAGAACCAAGGAUGAUGUUAGUAUUUAAAAAACGGCUAAUUCGUGAACAGUCACAAUUUAAACAUAUGUACUCGGGAAAUCAUCAAACGCAUUACGAAAAGCUGAAGUGAAUGCGGUCGUUAUCAUUAUAAGCAUGCGCAUGAUAGCAUAGGAAUUGCAGUUUAUAAAACUUUCACCCUCUGUACGUCCCCAACUUCAAUCUGUUGCCUUCCUUAAUCGAAAAGGAAUCGGGAAACUAAUGUGAACAUUAUUCUCGCUCCAGCGAUCGAGCGAAUCUCCUCACAUCAAAAUGACACCGUUAAGAAUGCUUUACUUCUGAAAAAUAAGUGGUUUCAUUCUCCGAAGUUGCUACUAAGCCUAACUGGUGCUAUUCGAACCCACAACAGCAAAGAGAGGCUUUAGUACGGCCAACGCUCUAGCCACCUAAGAUACGAGGCCCCACCGGACGACGCGAGUUUAAUCAUAUCUUAAUCAAGUUUACUCGUUCGAUCUACUGCAAAGUCUGGUAUCCACCAAAUCUGAUAAAGUAAGCUGACAUUCUAAGCAAGAUUUUCUAAUUUAUACAUAUAGAAUCCAUCAGAUAGCUAAGGGUUUCACGAAAUUCAUAGCUAUUAUGGCAGAUACGAUUAAUGUAGCGUCGUCCGGUGGAGCCUUUUAGGUCAGUGGGCUAGAGCGUUGGCUGUACUAAGGCUACCUAAACAUGAAGUGGGUUCAUAGACCAUAGAGGCGCCGAGUAUUUCAUAUGCGUAUCAAAAUGACUCGUUUGUGUACUUGCGUUUAAUACGGCAAUAUCGACAACAGUCGGUCAAGCUGCAAUAGGAUCGUAUUGCCAGUCAAAAUAAGGAGAUAUGGAUUACUUGACAUAGUAAAACGCUUGCUGUCGUGGGUUUCAGUCACACCGUGGCACCGAGGUUAUACAGUUCGAUCGAGGUGGAUAACUGAGACUUUAGGAAAUAUAUUCUGUAAACUGAAGGGGAUAUCUGUUUUGGCGGAUAGGCAAUUCAAGACUACACAGUGGUAAUACCGUCAGGUGUGGCACAACACUGACGAGUUAGGUAAAUACCCCGCAAGCUGGUUGAAAACCUGCAGCUCUGUAUUACGUAUUAAAAAUGCUGCACUCAUUGCAUUAGGGUUCCUGACAUCAAUAUUCACAAACCAAGUGACAGAUGCGAGCAGAUCACGCCACUCUAGGUGCAACGAUUUGUACUUAAAUCUGCUGAUCCAAUGCGGAGGGAGGGAGGGAGCUGGCUGGGUGGGGUUUCGUAUGUGCAGAUAGCAGGCGCGCUCGUGUUGCGUACUAUCAGGGUGGGACAUCGAUUCCCGUAAAAAAAGAGGAUGACGCACUCUCUACUCAAUCUUCUCUUCAGCCUCACAGCGACUGCCGCCCUGAAUUACGCUAGUCCUCCACCUUAGCUAAAUGUAGCCACAGGUGAUCUAGAUGGUUGUGUGGAAUCGCUGUCUUUCAACUGCUGUUUGUUACAUUAAGUCUGCUGUAGAGCGUGCUGUCGAUCAGAGUUAGGUAAACACCGGGCAAAACGCACUGCUAGAAAACUGCACAAACUUCUAUGAAGUACAGGCCUCUGGUUUAAACUUGUGAAGCAUAAAGGCUCCUGCAUCCGACGAAAUCGCCGACAGACUGGCAGGGUGAGUCCGCUCACUCUGGCAGCCUGGAAUGUUCAUUCCCUUUUAGACAAUCCAAGGAGCAACCGACCGGAACGGAGGACGGCGCUAGUGGCACGAGAACUGACGCGCUACAAGGUGGACAUCGCCGCACUCAGCGAGACCCGAUUCUCCGAACAAGGCCAACUGGAGGUUGUGAGGGCCGGCUACACCUUCUUCUGGAGUGGCCGACCCAGGGCAGAGCGACGAGACGCGGGUGUCCUCCUCGCCAUCCGGAACGACAUCGUGGGACGACUGACCAGUCUACCGCAGGGAAUCAACGAUCGCCUGAUGAGCCUCCGUCUGCCUCUAAGGCAGGCGUGGGGGCAAAUUCGCCACCAUCAUCAACGCCUACGCUCCGCCGAUGAGCAGCCCCGACGCCGCCGCAAGGGACAAAUUCUACGAGGACCUGCACGCCCUCUUGGCGACUGUGUCGAAGGCGGACAAGUUGAUUGUCUUUGGCGACUUCAACACCCGCGUCGGCACAGACCAUACUGCCUAGAGAGGAGUGCUGGGUCCCCAUGGUCUCCGCGGCUCCAACGACAAUGGUCUGCUGCUGCACCGCACCUGCUCAGAACACUGCCUCAUCCUGACGAAGACCUUUUUCUGUCUGUCGGAGCGAGAGAAGGCCACCUGGAGGCAUCCUCGGUCCCGUCGGUGGCACCUGCUGGACUACGUCCUCGUCCGGAGGCGAGAUCAGCGGGACGUGCUGGUGACAAAGGCGAUCGCGGGUGCUGAUGGGUGGACCGACCAUCGCCUCGUCAUCUCGAAGAUGCGUAUUCGCAUACAGCCUCGCAGGAGACCACAAGGUAAGCGACCCCCAGGUAAGCUGAAUGUUGCCUUGUUGUCUUUGCCCGCUCACAAUAUUCAUUUCAGCAAUGAGCAAGCUCAACGGCUAGACAAAAUUCCCAUCGACGAUGCAGCCGACGAAGAGGCCACCAUUGCAGAGAACGCCUCCGUGGAGGACCGCUGGUGUCAACUACGAAACACGGUCCAGGCGACGACGCUCGCCGUCCUCGGUCUCGCUCCCCGCCAACAGCAGGACUGGUUCGACGACAACGAAGCCGCCAUCAGAAAUCUGCUUGCUGAGAAGAACCGCCUACACAAAGCCUACGUAGAUCACCCCACUGAUGACAACAAAGCUGCUUUCUCCCGCAGACGCCGCCAGCUUCAGCAAUGA